ACCAAGUUGCAGCCGCUGUUCGGUGCCGCAUCUGAAAUUCACGGACUUCCCAUAUUCAAAACAAAACGAGAGAUAUGGAUCUGGAGCAAGACAACGCCGACUUCUCGAUCUCGACAGUCUUCGACAACGGGAGACUCCUAGUCCGGACAGCCGUACGACAAAGAGAAGUGCUGGCAGAGACAGAGUGCUGGGACGGCGGGAGCGACUCCUCUUUCGUAAAAGGCAGACUGGACGCGCCGCAACCCAGGGUGCAUUCGGGACAGCAGGAUGCGCACCAGUGCCAGUUGUGCCCUUACUCCAGUUGGUAUGCGUCGGAUAUCAGCAGGCACCAAAGGCUGCACACGGGAGAGAAGCGUUUCAGCUGCUCCGUCUGCCAGAGGGCGUUUGCUCACAGGUUUCACUUGCACACUCACAUGAGGACUCACACGGGGGAAAGGCCGUUCCGUUGCGAGGUCUGCCAGAAGGCGUUCUCACAGAGCGCUCACUUGGUGAGUCACAAAAGAGUCCACACGGGGGAGAAACCGUAUCCGUGCGGCACAUGCGGGAAAGCAUUUGCACAAAAAGGUCGCCUAUUGAGUCACGAGAGAACGCACCGGGGAGAACGGCCUUUCACGUGCGAAGCCUGCGGAAAAACUUUCAGGGAAAGGAGCUAUUUAAAUUGGCAUCGGAUGAAUAUGCACAAGUGAGAGAUCUGCAUAGGCAAUAUUUGGAGGGGAUUUGUGCGUGAGGCUAGAGUUUCACAAUGUGCUUCCCUGCCUGUCUAGUUUUGUUUAUGUGAAGUUUAGAAAUGGAGGUAUCUUUAUCUGCUGUAAACAUGAGUUGGUGCCAUCACCCUCCCAGAAAAGCUGUAGUACCACUAGUGCGAGAUUUUAUUCUGGCAUCAAGUUCAUCUUAAGUCCUCACUAUGAACGGAUGAGGAAAGUAGGAUUAAAGCACCUUGAAUCAAGAAUUUUUGCAAGUUUAGCUUUUAAACUAAUUCCUCCAAAUUUCCUCGAAUAUUCUUAAAUUUAAGCCUUCUUCUACUCUGGUUCAGGUUAAAUUAAAUUCCUGAUAUUGUAAAAAAAAAAAAUUUUUUUACGCUUUUUUGUGAGUCACCAAUUAAACCUUUUUAUGCAA